AUGCGUUUUAACAAGCAAGAACUUAUUUCACUGGCGACUCAACCAAGCAAUAAAUUCGAGAAAGAAGGUCCAUUGCAUUUAACAGAAAAACAGGAUGGAUUUUUUCGCAAAACAGAAGUAAGCUUCGAAAGAUGGUGCCGUCUUCGUGGAAAUUUGCUGUUUUAUUUUAAGUCCAAUGAUCCAUUUUCGGAACCACACGGAUGCUUAGUACUUGAAAAAUACAGAUGUGUAAGACAUGACAAAGAAGAUCCAGAGUGGGACGGAUUUGUAUUUUACCUAGAGUUUUUCGAUGGUCUUCAACAGCGAUUUGCAGCCAAUACGCAUCAAGAACGCUUUGAAUGGAUGCAAGCAAUCGACCUCGCUGAGUACGAUGCAAAACGUGCUCAGCUGAAAUAUCUUAAAGAGCAGAUUGAUAAAAACCGAGAAUCAAAUCGUGAAGUAGACAUUGAUAUAUUACGUGUGCAAUCUGGAAAGCAAAUCGAUUUAAACGAAACACCAAUUUGUGAGUCGGUUAUCUCUUGCGAUAAUCUUUUGUGUGACGGAAAUGGAAAACCUCCAAGUCCAUCAGUAAUAGUGCAUAUAGCUUCAAACGUUGCAGCAUCAGGAUGGAUCAAAUACGGCAAAACUGAAGUGAUUGAGCGGAGUUCUAACCCACAAUUCAUAUGCACUACUAUAUUUCGAAUGUGCGAUGGUUUGCACACUGAUUCAAAAAUACGUUUCACAGCAUACGAUGUUCGUGAGAAAGUGACGCAAACAGCUGUUCCAAUCGGAUGGGCAGAAAUUGCACUUGGUGUAAUAAUGGAUACAUCUCGAUUGCGAAUACCUCUACGCACUCAAACUUGCGGUGAAACCGCGGGCUUUUUGACGAUUGCUACCUACACACCUAACACGGAACAUCGUAAUAAUCAGCAAUCUCCCAUGAAGAGUGAAAUGUUCCCAUCUCAACCUUUGAUGAUCUCUUCAGAGCAGCAACAACUAGGUCAUAGGCGUUCGCAGUCACUUCCAUUAAAGCUAGGAAUACAAAUGUUUGUUCCACCACCAUCAAAAAUUCGAGUUUUCUUCACUAAUCCCAGUAUUCAUUCUUAUCGUUUACACUCUGGUCUUGGUGGGGAUAUUAGUGUGUUGGAGAUGAUGUAUGAAAGUAAUUUAUGCAAUAUUAUACCCCAGCAAUUAUUAACUGUGUGGAUAGCACGUGAAAAAGAACUAUUGCAAGAGAUCUCUGGAAUGGGAGAGCUUGGUGGAGAAUGGCGUCAAAAACAAAUGGAGUUGCUUGACAAACAUUUGAAGUUACUUAAAGAUUACUCACAAGCUAAGCAAUAUUUACAUCAACAACAACAUCGAGGAAAAUCAUUCAAACCGAGCUCUAAAAAAGCAGAAGAGUCAAUUGAAUUUGCACCAGUUAAUUUACACCUGCAACGUAUGUGGGCACACAACGAUACUCUGAAACGAACAGGAAUUCUAGACAUAAUCACGGUUGGUGCAUUUACUCGCCAUUCGGGAAAAUCAAAAACGGGGGGACUAAUCAAAAUGCUCCAUCGUGUAAAUGAUUCUCCUGUAAAGAACGAAGGACAAUGUAAUAUUACUUCUGCCAACGAUGCUGUGCAAGCAAUUAAACAACUGCGUAAAGAAAUAGUAGAAAUCAUGUCACAGCUGCUAUUUCUUGCGAGAUCCAAAACUCCAAAAGGAAUGCUUCAGUUAUGUAAUGAAAUGAUCGCAAAAACACGUGCAUUACUAAAUAUUUGGGAACCCAGUUUGGUAGAAGAUACAUUUGCUUUCAUUGAGCAGCAUCGCGUAAUAGAUGAUGGAAAUCUAACUUCCCAAGAAUCCGCCAUGACUGGAAAAGUACUUGUAAAAGAAUCAUCAGUUAUGUCACCAUUUAGGAAAAUAACGGAACAACUCGGAGACAUUAAUUUGAAGUCAUCUCAAAAAGAAGAUUUUUCUUCAUUUCCAGAUUGGGCAUAUGAGUUCCAGCCUCAAGCAUUGGCCAAUCAAUUCGACAUAAUCGAUAAGUCAAUUAAACAAUCAAACUCAAAAAGCAUAUUUUUAAGUGAUAAUCUAUCAUCAACUAGUAAAACCGAUAUUUCGUCCAACACGUAUAACGAACAGAGUAAUAUUCAAGAAAAUGUAUCAAUCAUCUUAGGUUACAAUGGAGCAUUUCUAGACACAAGAGUGAUGAGUUCAAGCCCUUCGGCAAAUUACUAUCGACCUACAGAAGAGCCUGAGCCUUUGGAUUUGACCCAGCUAAAUAUUGAAGCAAGCGUCAUGUGCUUAGUUUCCAAAAUAAAAUUUUUAUGUGGACGUUGUGGGAGUCCUGCAGUACGUUUAAGAAACUUAACAGACAAAACUAGUGGAACAGAAUUGUGUAUUAACGAAAGCUUAUCUGAAGGUUUUAGUUCAUGUGUGGUAUCUAACCAACCGAUUCCUCAAUCUCAUGAUAGUACUGUUGGAGAAGUAACGCGAAAAGUUAGGAGAGGUAACAAAUUUACAGAUGGUCUUGAUUUAUCCACAACAACCGAUUGGACACUUGAGCUACGCCCUUCAAUGAAAAAACUUCGUCAGGCGAUGGAUGGACUACUUAAAACGGCAAGAUUGAUGCAUUCUGUGCAGCGACUUCAACAGGACAUAAAAAAAACAAGUACAAUGUUGGCAACCAUGUACCACCGUGAUGUGUGUUUUUCUCAAGCUCUUACGGCUCUUGUGACCGGAUUAAUGGCAAAAUUAUGGGGACAGACUGUUUCGGAGAACUUUAUCAGCCUUUUAAUACAUCUUGGUCCGCUUGCUCAUUUUGAAGGAUUACUCUCACUCUAUGGCAAUGAAACUGAUAUGUGGGGUGAUAUGAUUGUAGCUAUUGAAGAUUUGGCUACUGUUCAUUUUACACUUGUGCGUAGUAAAUUACAUAACGAUACGAAACCUCCAAUACCCAUGCCACGUGUUAUUGGCAAUCGACAAGCACUUCGAGUGCUCUUGCCAGUUCCAGAACCAGUAUUGGCUCACUUGCCUAUUAAAAAAGAGGUCAAUUUUCGUGUAGUUCCUGUUUUUUUUAACAUUGGUAUUAACGAAAAAGCAACUGUUGCUGAAACACUUGGUUUCACUCGCGAUCAGCAUCGUUCUAAUUUGGAUAAUUAUAACCGUUUGAGACAGUACCAUUGUAAAUAUCGUACAGUUCCAUUCAAUUUUGUCAAUUCACAUUGCUCUUCUACCCACGAUACUCCAACAAAAUUUUUAUCAGACCUCGAAGCAGAAUUACUUCACAACGGUUCGAAAAAUAUUAAUAUAUUAUAUCUUUCGGAGGAAAUUACACGCGCAAUGCAAGGCCUUCGAUUUACCUCGUGCAAAAGUGCAAAAGAUCGCACUUCGAUGGCAGUUACUUUAGAACAAUGUCGAGUAUUACAGCAAGAGUUUCAUCUCUCAAACGGGAACGUUCAAAAUGUUUUGGAUACUAUGCGCAGCGAGGGCACUCGUCCAGAUAACACCAUGAAGAACGUUGGCAUGCGCAAAUACGCUUUUAAUUUACCACAAGUACUAUCUCUUCCAAAUGUUUAUCGUCCUCCACAUGGUACCUACGGAAAAACACAGUCAUAAAUGCAUAAUUAAUUAUGCACUUUUUAAAUUUUGUAUAUUUUGAAGAAAUAUCGAACUUUCUCGUAAGUGAUUUAAAUGCAAAAAUUUACAAGCAACAUAUAUGUAACAUAGAAAAGCAGCCAACAUAUUUUUGUUACAAGGUUUAUAUUUUCCGUGAACCUCAAUAAGUUUGAUGGUCAAACAUAUACAAUAACGUAUAAGUAAAAGGUAAGGGGUUUAAAAUGCUCUAUUGUUUUUUUUAAAUAUUAUUGUCAGUUUCCGGUAAAAGCUUAUGUUAAUACGGUCAAAAUUUGUUUCUCCUGCAAAAUAGCUGAAUUCAUUAAUGUAGAGAAUGAAAUGAAUCCGAAAUUGUAAUUUGGGAAGAAAUACUGCAUUCUUAGAAAUUCAAUUACUUAUGUUGUACAUUGUUUCUGUAGCAUAAGGCACAUAAAGAAAUAAACUGUUAAUGUUCUUAUCUCAGAGUUUACAUUACGUUUUACAAAC